AGUUCGCGACACCGUGUCAUGUUCGACAUUCUAACGAACGUGACGUCACUCUCGUUGACAAACAGACAACUAACUGGGCACCGCGAGCACCUUCGCAGGGGGCGAGUGGAGCUCCGAACGCGCGGUGCGAGCGGCGAAGGGGAGUUCUCUUCGGGUAGUGACUCCGAAGCGUGUGGACAUUGUCGCAGAGGAGGAUUCGGUGCGCUCUCCGGAGAAGCGUCGCCUUGCUGCAUCAUCACGAAGUUCGACGCCAUGCCGUCCCCGGUCGCACUGCUGCUGUUGCUGCUGCUGGCCGCGCCCUCGCCGUCGGCCGACGCCUUCCUGUUCUCCGGCGACGUCCACGACAACCUGAACGCGACGGUGGCGCACGUGUUCCGGGUGGUGCGGCGCUGCAUCGGCGCUUUCGGCCCCGACGACCACCUCCACCCUGGGCACGGCCCUGGCCACGCCGAGCCACCGGCCACGCCGCUCAACCCGCCGUACCGGGAGCCGCCACCAAGCUCGGUGGAGCUGUGCGCCAGCCGGGGCUUCCAGUGCGAGCGCCACGAGGUGCGCACGGCGGACGGCUACACGCUGGCCCUGGUGCACGUGCUGGGCAGGGCGGGCGCGGCGAGGGUCGCCGGCCAGACGCCCGUCCUGGUGCAGCACGGCAUGCUCAUGUCCUCGGACGCGUACCUCCUCCGCAAGGACGACGACAACUUGCCGCUGAUUUUGAGCGGCGCCGGCUUCGACGUGUGGGUGGGCAACUACCGGGGCAACGCGGUGUCGCCCCACGAGCACGUGACACUGUCUCCCGACUCGUACCAGUUCUGGAACUUCAGCUGGCACGAGAUGGGGCUCCACGACCUGCCCGCCCUGGUGGACUACGUGCUGGAGCGCUCGGGCCAGGACGACCUGCACUACAUCGGGCACUCGAUGGGCAGCACGGGCAUGAUGGUGCUGCUGUCCUCCAGGCCCGAGUACAACCGCAAGAUCCGCCUGGCGACGUUCCUCGCCCCGGUGGCGUACGUGUCCCGGCUGCGCUCGCGCCUCUUCACGCAGCUCGCCUCGGUGGCCGGGAGAAUAAAGGACUUUCUCGUGUCCCACCGGAUCUGGAACGUCCUGCCCCGCAGCGCGGCGAUCCACCGGCUGGCCGACACACUGUGCCUGUUCCCCGGCGCGGACAAGCUGGUGUGCAACCCGCUGCUCUUCGAGAUCGCCGGCCACUCCCCGGAGCACGUCUUGCCGAACUACGCAUCUUUGAUCGGGGCGUAUCUUCCCGCGGGAACGACCAUCAGGAUUAUGGAGCAUUACUACGAAGUCGCACGUACAGGCAAGUUCCGACCGCUUGGCUACGGCAUGGGAGACCCGAAUCCCGGGGCGGAGUACAACAUCGCAGCCAUCACGGCGCCUGUCGCCCUCUACUACUCCGCGAACGACUACUUCGUUUAUCCACCGGAUGUCGAGCAGUUGGCAAACGAUUUGCCCAAUGUGUUUCACAAGUACCUGGUUCCGGAUUCCACCUUCAACCACUUCGACUUCAUUUUGGGCGUCGACGCGAGACAGCUGCUGUUCAAGGAAGUUCUUGGGGUGAUGCUCCAGAGGGAAGCCGCCCUCAAUAGUUUGCACUCCCAGACUCACUCUUUUAAUCCUAAUGACUUGCUCGUCCACUACUUAUUGUCUCAAAAGAAGAGCCUUUAUUUUUAGAAGGAGAGAUUCGGCUAUUUAGAGACUGUCUUUUAAUUUUAUUUAUGAUUUUAAUUUGUUGAUUUAUUGAGUAGCACUGCUAAGUUCAUAUUCUUGUCGUGUACCUGAAGUAAAUGUAAUUUAGUGAAUUCGUUUGUUCCUUAUUGUGCCAUGGUGGGUGAGUCGUGUCACAUCACAUUGUAUGAAAUACUGCCAUGUUUAAGAUCGAUUGUGCCUUUCCGUUACAACUCCAGUGACAUAGGAAUAAAGUUUGUUAAGAUCUUG